GCUGAAAUACAGCUGAGAGCGCAGAGAGGACGGGGCUCUGCGAGUGACUGAAAGCUUCAUGUAGGGCGGCGGGAAAAGCGGCCCUGCUGGUUUUAUUUUAUGUUUGUUGUUUUUUUCUUUGAAGAAAGACGAGACCAAAGAUUUUGCGGCGUCACCGAAACGGGAAAAUGAUCUGCCACAUUACCCGUCCCGAUUCGGUGGUGAUGGAGGUGGAGGUCGAUACCAAAGCAAACGGCGAAGACUGUCUGAAUAAGGUAUGUAGGAAGCUGGGAAUAAUAGAAGUGGAUUACUUUGGACUGCAGUAUUCCGGCUGUAAAGGAGAGAGCCUGUGGCUGAAUCUCAGAAACAGGAUCUCGCAGCAGGUGGACAGUGUCUCUCCAUGCCGACUCAAGCUGCGCGUCAAGUACUUUGUGGAACCUCAUCUCAUCCUGCAGGAGCAGACCAGGCACCUGUUCUUCAUGCACAUCAAGGAGGACCUUCAGAACGGACAUCUGCGGAUGAGCCCGGAGCAGGCGGAGAUGCUGAGCGCACUGCUGGCCCAGGCCGAGUUCGGGGACUACAACCAGAACACUGCCAAGUACUGGUACUGCGAGCUCUGCGGGCCGGAGCCUGGCGCUGCAGCCAUCGAGAGCAUCAUUUCCAAGCACAAGGCCCUGGCGGGGCUGAGUCCGCAGGUGGUGCAGUACCAGGCCCUGCAGCUAGUCUCCGCUCUGGAGCACUAUGGGGUGGAGUGGCACUGGACACGGGAUGCCACGGGCCAGAAGCUGGCUGUCGGCAUCGGACCAGAGGGCAUCUCCGUCUGCAGGGAGGACCUGACUCUCAUCAACAGGAUCGCGUACCCGGUCAUCCAGAUAGCGACCCAGUCAGGGAAGAGCGUCUACCUGACGGUGACCAAGGAGGAUGGCGACAGUGUGGUGCUGCUCUUCAAGCUGAUCAGCAACCGAGCAGCCAGCGGGCUCUACCGGGCCAUCACUGAGACGCACGCGUUCUACCGGUGCGACACGGUGACCAACGCUGUCAUGAUGCAGUACAGCCGCGACUUCAAGGGCCAUCUGGCCUCCCUGUUCCUCAACGAGAACGUCAACCUGGGCAAGAAAUAUGUCUUCGAUAUCCGGCGCACCUCCAAGGAGGUGUACGACCACGCGCGCCGCGUGCUCUACAAUGCCGGCCUGGUGGACCUGGUGGCGCGUGCCGGACAGUAUGCGCCCCUCCACUUGCCACUCGGGGCCCCCGCCACUCAGGGCGAACCCGACUGCGGCAGCUGCCCGCAGAGCCGCGCCCUGCUGGAGAAACUGGAGAGGCUGCGGGAGGCGCUGUUGUGCACGCUCUGCUGUGAAGGGGAAACUGACACUGCCUUCUGCCCCUGUGGUCACAUGGUCUGCUGCCAGGGAUGUGCAAUUCAGCUGCAGUCAUGCCCAGUAUGCCGGGCGAGGGUGGAGCGCGUGCAACAUGUCUACCUGCCUACCUGCGCCAAUCUGUUUAGCCUGGCGGGGACGGAUGUCACUCCUCCUCCCAUCCACCAGGGGGCGCCCUCUCUCGGCUGCUCCAGUGAAAUCGACCCCGAGAUGUGCCGCACGUGAAGGUCGGCCCUUCCUGGCCAAACACCACAGAUUUCAACCAGCCGUCACUGAGAUGUGUUUUAAGAUCCUCUGACAAUUUGUGUAUUUUAAAUAUUUGCUUAAUAGAUAUAUAUAUAUUAUUAUUAUUAUUAUUAUUAUUAUUAUUAUUAUUAUUAUUAUUUUUUUUUUUUUUUAACCGAAGUGAAUCAGUUGACCUGAGGAGCGUCUACAACAUGUCUCUGCUGUUUUUCUUUCUCCUAAUCCAGAGAAAUGUAAAUUCUAUGUAUUUGCCAGUUUUACUAUAUUUUAAUGCUUUAUUUAAAUUUAAAGUUUUAAAUCUUUUUCCAAUUUAUUAGAGUGAACAUGCAAUAAGUUCUGGGGUUCUGCUCCCAUGCACUUACACCGACGAACAAUGAGCAUCCAGUACCUGCGCUGCCCCCGAAUCAUGUGACCCGUCUGUGUUCGGGCGGUGCCUGAUAGGCUGCUCCUAUCUCAGUUAGACUGGCCUAGCAGGCUGCCGGCAGUAUCUCGGUGAAAGGAGGACGCCUUAUCACACUCGUGAUACGGCGAAAGUGAAACCAGGAGAUGCCCCUAGUCCGUCACCGAGCCUCGGCCGGUUACUGUCUUACUUGAAAGUAUAACUAAGCUGAAUAUUAACCACGGUGUGAGUUUGCCACUCAGUCCUGCCGGCAAGUCUGUCCCACCUCUGGUUUGAUCAACUAGUUAAAUCUUCACGAAUCAUAGAGCUAGUAGAUCUGUGUGCAAUACUAGAAAUUUCUGAAAGCUGAGCUUUGUUUUUUGGGGGGGGGUUAUUUAAAGACACUGUCACUUUAGCCGGGACGCCCCUCCACUACGUGUUCCUGAGGGUCUGCCUUAUCUACACUUUUGUCUUCUAUAUGCAUCCUGUUCCUUUGCACGUUGAAACAGCGGCACCGUUGUCUCCGCUGGGACAGGGCCUCUGUUGGGGGGGGGGGGGGCUGCUUUACACCUCUGCAGUUUGUUUCUGUUUGUUUGAAGCAAAAAACUGUGCUAUGUCCUUAACUGAUUCUUUUUAUAUUUUCUUGAAGAUAAAGUAUUAAUAAAGUUGCCUUUUUUAAUAAAA